AUGAACCGUUUUUGCCGUGACUUUGCCGCCCUCAAGACUGAUGUCAGGCCGAAGUACAAAACGGUGCGCCGAGACGCGUACGCCGUCGACCGAGGGGCCGUGAAGCUGCUGAGGAAAUGCCACGGCUUCACGACAACGCUACGCCCGAGCCACGAGAUCGAGAGGAUGUCAAACCGCCUGUUGCUGAACUUGGCGGAGCCGUGGCGCGGCGACCUCGAAGCCCCGCUCACCGACGAGGAAAAGAAGCAGCGCAUUCUCGGGCAGAACUUGGAGAAGUUCACGACGACCGAGGAGCACUGGCGGGACGUCACACAGGGUGAGGGCGACGUGAAGAACUUCCGGUACUUCGUCGACGCCGUCUCGACCGGAAAUGGGCCCACCAUCCUGGUGGCCCAUGAAGUGGACCACGUCCACUAUGACGGCGCCCGCUCCGUCGACACCAAGACGUUCUGCGCGCCGGGCUUCAAUGUGAAGCGCCCGGCCGUGGAGCAGCUGAAAGCCGGGCACAUCCUCCAAUGGGUACUCCGCGCGGCGCCCCUGGACGUGACGCUCUGCGUCGGGUUCCACGCGGCCGGCCAGCUCAAGAAGGCCGCCUUCAUCCACCCCGACACCAUCAUGGACAACGACGAGAAGAUUCGCCGCAACUACAACGCGGCGCGCGCCAAAGCCGACGACUUCUUCCGGCAGCUGAAGGACCUCGUGCCGGGCGAGCCCUUCUUCAAGGUGACGCUCCGGAGUGGAUGCCAGACCGCCACCCCACUACAGUGUACAAUCAUUCGCCGUGCUGACUACGUCGUCAAAAAUGGGGAGAUGUUCGUAGGGGACGGUGCUCUCGCGACCACGCUGCGCCCUCUCGAAGAGAUACAAAAGUCGAUUGAGACCGGCGUGAAUUUGUUCGAGAACUGGGAAGAAUAUACGCCGGAUGAGACCAACCGAGUCGGUGCCAUUCACCGGUUGAAGUUUCUGCUGACGAUGCUCGCCUUUGGGACCGCCGUCGCCUUUGAGACCGCCGUCGCCUUCUGUGGGGCCGGGGACUACAGCAAGAUCCUCCUGCACCUCAUCAGGGAAUGGAAGCAGGCGCAGAGACCAGACUACUUUCGGGAACUGGAAAUCUUUGUCGUCCGCCUUGGAGACCGGCUGUUGCUCAAUUUGGCUGAACCUGUUGGGCGCCAGGACGAUAUCUGGAAGAAAAAAAUGUCCUGCGGCAACAAAUUCGAGCAGGUCGGAUCGAUUGGAGCCAUAGAAGAUACGGACAAGAGUUCGGUGAAAGCCUUCCAAUACUUUGUGGACGAGGUGAAGACACGAGAUGGUCCUGCCGUCCUGCUCGCCCACGAAGUCGACCAAAUCGGCUACGACGGGCGCAGCUCCGUCAAUAUGAAAACCGUCAACGUGGCCUGGUUCGACGCCCGGAAGCCGCUGCAGGACCAGCUCAAGGGGAUGCACGUGUUCUCAUGGCUCCUACGCAACGCUCCAUUGGGCGUCAAGUUACUCGUGGGCCAGCACUCGGCCGCGGGCGUGCUCGAAAACGUCGCACUCAUCGAUCCCGAGGAAAUCAUGGCCGCCGAUAUUCGCCGAGACUACGACAGCGCGCGAAAGCUGAUGGACGAGUUUCUCCAGCAGCUGUCGGGGGACAAGGCGCCUAAAUCCACAUGCUUCAAAGUCACCAUUCGUCAGGAGGACUGGUGCGCCGUGCCUUUGAAGGUAGGCCGUGCAAUGUGUACGUUCAGCUCUAUCGACGGUCUAAUGCAGAAA